UAUUUUUGCUGCAACGAACAGUGAUGCUCUGUUAUGACCAGCCCAGGCUAGCAGCGGUCAGAGUGUUUCUGUUAACUGAAAAGACACCAAUCCUACUCUUCUGAUGAAUUAUUAGCACACAGUCUACAGUGAUCACCUCCUAGAUCACAACAUACCCCUGUGAAAGAGGCUCAGUCAGCAGCAAUCCAUCUCUCUUCCCAGCAGUACUUCUCCCAGGUUGCAGGUUUGAGGAAAUAACCCCUAAAGUAUGUGAUACUGCCUCUUUUGGAUCAGCUGGAAUAAGCAAUACUUAAGGUAGGGUAGUGCAAAGGUGGCUCAGCUUCAGGAAACACCUAGUUGAACCCAGCAGCCGCAGUGCGGUGGCAAUGACCAAAUGACAGCAACCUUACUAGGAAGUCAGUUCAACUAACACCACUGCAAACAGCAAAAUAGCAGACAGCUACUCAGCAUGGGAGGGAAAAGGAGGAGCAAAUGAGACUCGGAUGAUGGUAAUUAACAUUUGCCUGGCAGAGAGGCGUGUGGUUGGCUCAGCAGUUGGAAGCUCUUUAUCACAGAUAAAAUCCCAGCGUAGGGGUGGGACAGUCCCAGAUAAGGCAACCUGUUUCUUGUGGUAGUGGGGAGGUAUGCUGCUGUUCUGUGUUGAUCUAUAUGCUGCAGUAUUCAUAGACUUCCUGGACCUGCAACUGCAGCAGCAAGCCAGGACCCCGAGGGCACCGACAGCUACAUUACCCUGAACAGCCUCACCUGGGGCUCAGCCACACCUGCUGGCUCUAAUUGAGAUCAGCUCUGGGCAUCUAGAACCUUCUCAGAGCUGUUGGGCUGAUGCUUCACCACCUCUGUCUGCUGGAUGGACCUCAGCCAAGCCAAUGGUCAAACGAGAUGAGAAAAAGUGGGGUGAAACUGCCUGGAGAUCUUACAGUGCAUCUACUGCUACAAAUGGAAAAGUUCAUCCUGAAGGAGGGAAGGAGUGGCAGAAGAUAAGAUCAGCUUCACACACUCUGUGGAGGAGAUUCCUCGUAUUAAUGUCCAGCUCUCUGAAGACGACAAACAGACACCUGGUGUGUGCAGCAGAUCUAGUGCUGACCUGACCUCGCAGUGGGAGCUCAGCAAAGGACUUGUCCCAGGGCAGCUGUUAACUUCAGGGUGUUUUCCUGAGCUCGUUUCAGGCAAUGCAUGUCCUCAGCAAUGCAGCAGGUUGUGUCACACUGGUUUGCUGCAUUUGAGUGAUCAUUUGAGCUCUGCGGAGGCCGGGGUGUCUCCUGAAGUUGCCUAACUAAAAGUCAGAGCCUCCGUCACAGAGAGUCAAGAACAUAGAGCCUGAGUCACGUAAACUUGCUGUGGCCACGAUAAAGAUAUAUCUCCAGCAAUGGCAGCAGCCCAAGACCCCCAGAAGUAAAUCAGAUCCAAACUGGAGAGAGAGGCAGGCACGCAAGAGGGGACGUGGGCACCGCGCAGCCCCCCCGAAGCCAUGUACAGGAGCAGCUUCCUCCACGAGGUCCGCAAGAAGUAUGAACGCUCGGACGCCUACAAUGAGCUGCGGGGCUUCCCCGAAUUCGACAGCUUGGCCCAGGCCCAGGGCCUGGAGAACCUGCAGGAGCUCAACGAGCGCUUUGCCAGCUACAUCAACUGGGCUCGCGUGCUGGAGCAGCGCAACGCCAUCCUGCGCAAGCAGCUGGAGACCUUCCAGUGCAUGGACGAGCUGGUGGGCUUGGACGAGGCCUUCGCCGGGCAGAACGAGUUCAACCGCCAGCGAAUGCGGGAGCUGGCGUCCGACCGAGCCAAGCUGGAGCGGGAGGAGAAGGAUGCCCAGCGCAUGCUCGAUGAGUACCGCAACAAGUACAGAAAUGAAGGUGAAUAUCAGCAGAAGCUAAAAGAAACCCUUGAACGACUCAAUAAGGAAGCGGAUGAAGCGCUGCUGUGCAACCUGGAGCUGCAGAUCGAGUCCCAGUUCCUGCAGGAUGACAUCAACGCCACGAAGGACAGAUACAAGAAGAACCUUAUGGAAAUCCAGACCUACGUCAAUAUUUUACAGCAGAUCAUCCAGACAACCCCUCGCGUGUCCCCCAUAACCACUGGUGUAUCUGAGGAAAAACUGAUAGCAGAGAGGAGGAUCCCUGUUCUACAGAGCCAGCUGGAGGAAUACAAGAGCAUCCUCUGCCAGCUACAGGCACAAAAAUACAAGCUGCAGACAGAGACAACCAUGCUGGAGCAAGCGAUUAAAAACACCCAGGAGAGUUACGACGACGAAAUUCAGCUUUACAAUGAGCAGAUUGAAAACCUCAGGAAGGGGAUAGAAGAAGCUGAGAGGACCUUGGAGAAGUACACGACCGACUGCCGCCAGCUGGUGAUCUACCAGCAGUCCCUAGAGAACGAGCUGGAACGCUACAAACGCAUCAUCGAGAACGAGGACAGCCGGUUAAACUCUGCUAUAGCAGGAACGCCAGUCACACUCUUCACGCAGAUCUAUAGACCUGUCCAGCCUCAAGCCUCAAGGGGAAGAGAUAUCACCCAGGCUAUGCAAGAGAUUGCCAGUGUAAAGCCCAGACAAAAAGCGCUGACAAAGAAAAUUUUCAGGAAAAAGGAGAUCAUGUCUAAAGACAUAACCGAUGGGCUCUCACCUGAAAAAAUGUAUGGAAGAACUCUGGAAGUUUUUGACCAAGAUCAGAUGGAGUUCAGGCACGAAGGCUCGGUCACAUGUGAACCUGGGCAGGAGGGAUUAAAACUUGUUGAAAAAGAAACAGUCCCAGAGGAUGUACCUGAUGGAGCCCAGAUAAGUAAAGCCUUUGAUAAAUUGUGUAACAUUGUGAGGGAGAAAAUAAGAGUUUACAAGCGACCAGAAGCUAAAACUGAUUCCCAUCCUAAAGGGCGUUACGUGCUGGUAACAGGGGAGGGAGGCUAUGAAGAACCUUGCUUCUUGUCCUCCUCCAUCCCGGCUGGGGGAGGGAUCACAGUUUCUACCAGCAAUGGGAAGGUGACAAUCAGCGGUGAUGUGGAGCCCAUACCAGAGCUGCCCGAACCUACUGAGCCAUCAGAAAAAAGGGAUGUCUGUGAAAGGAGGGAAGAGUUUGAACCCCAAGAUAAACUGAAAGAGGAAGAGAAAGAAGACAUGUUUGAAUGGGACAAAAGAAGAGGAAAAAUUGAGCAAGUCACAAAGUAUCCAGACGUCUCUGAGCCUGAAACAACUCCUUCCCCUGGUCCCAUAAGCCCGACAGAGCCAGGAGUCCUUCGAGAGAUGGAGUAUGACCGCGAAGAUAAGCAGGACCUUCUCUUCAGGGAAGCAGGCUUGCCUGGCUCCAUGAGCUAUGAGAAGGUGGAGGUGGUGGAGUCCAUCGAGAAGUUUUCCGAUGACAGAAUUCAGACGUAUGAAGAAACAGCAAUGAUCGUGGAGACAAUGAUAGAGAAGACAAGCAAGAAGAAACCGGGUGACAAAGGCUCUUAAGUGACACGCACCCUCGGUAGUCAACUUGUCUGGCAUAGUUAUUAAAUGAUGUAUUCUUUUUUCCUGACCGAAUGAUACAGUAGUGAGAGUUUUGCUGUUUGGUAUGGACCAGAUUGAGACUUUGAUGGCAAUCCUGUCUGAUGUAGGCUCGCCUUUGGUGUAACGACUGUGAGAACGCUCCAGGACAAGGAGCGGUAGGCACAUUCUGUGUGACUUAUUUUCACGAUUAGGACAAGUUGAAAUUAAUUACCAUUACAGAGUUGCCUGGCUUGCCAAAGUAUCCAGGGCAGGUUGCCAGUGCAUAUUCCCCUACUGCUCCUCUAGCUGCCAUAAGAUUCCUCCUCUCUCAGACAGCUGCAAAUGUUAACUUGUGACAUCUGGUUCCUUUAAUAAAAGCUUUGCCUUCUACGGAAAUACCCACUGUGGGUGUGUGUUGCCUUUACCGUUGCACGAUAGGCUCCACUAUUAAAAGUUACCUGACUGGGUAUGCAGGAGUCCUUCCAAAGGAGGAGCUGAAAACCUGAGUUUUGUAACCUAUUCCACACCUCUCUCAUUUACAGUCUUUAACUAGAGGUGAGCUUGGCAGAAUGCUCUUUUUGGAUAUGAAGAGAAACUCUCUGUGUUUGAAAUAAGAUCUUACUGCACAUCUUCUCAGAAUAAAAGUUGAAGUUCCACCAAAGUAAA